AUGGAUUCAAUCCAAGACAUGGAUGGAGGUUCCAACUCUCAUCACCAUGAGAUGAACAUGGCAUCAAGCAAUAACCUAAUUAUCAACACAAGCUCAAUGAACCCUGCUACUACUCUAGCCUCAGCAGCAGGAGUAGCUGGAACCUCAUCUUCUUCUUCUUCUUCAUCUCCAGCUUCCAGCAGCCGCUACGAGAACCAAAAGCGGCGCGACUGGAACACCUUCGGCCAAUACCUCAAGAACCACCGCCCCCCGCUCUCUCUCUCCAGGUGCAGCGGGGCCCACGUCCUCGAAUUCCUCCGCUACCUCGAUCAGUUCGGCAAGACCAAGGUCCACACCCCCAUCUGCCCCUUCUACGGCCACCCGAACCCUCCGGCUCCCUGCCCCUGCCCACUCCGCCAGGCAUGGGGCAGCCUCGACGCCCUCAUCGGGCGCCUUCGAGCCGCCUUCGAAGAAAACGGAGGCAAGCCCGAAGCCAACCCGUUUGGGGCUCGAGCCGUUCGACUUUACCUUCGCGAGGUUCGUGAUUUGCAGUCGAAGGCAAGAGGUAUCAGCUACGAGAAGAAGAAGCGGAAGAGGCCACCUUUGCCGCAGCAGCUGCCGCCUCCCCCACUGCCGCCGACAGUUCAUCACCAUCCAGGUCAAUAAAAAGUCAAAGCAAGCUACUGUUACGACCAAUGAAGAUAUGAGGGUACCGUCUUUAUAUAUUUAAAUUACGCUUUUUAAGACUUGUGUGGUGGUAUUUGGAUGUUAUUGUUAAUUAGGGUUUUAGUUAAUUUCAUGAUAUCAAGUGGUUGUUGGUAGCCACUGCUAAGCUUAGCUAGAGACAGACCUGCGUUUUUCAUCAAUUAAUUCUGUGUUUCUAUAAAUCUCUUUGCUUUGCUUUGACUAAAAGCAAACCUUUACUUAA